UCAUUAUUUUUUAUAUUUUUCAGGUACAUUUUUAAAAAAGCAGUUGAUAUUUUAUGUUCCUGUAGACAGACUCUCAUGUACACUUAUGUUUUUGCUUAUUAUGUGAAAAAGAACAAUCAAUCUGUGAUUUUUGAGGAUAACCAAAAGGAUUUAGAGAGUGCCACAGAAUGUCUCUCUGAAUAUCUCGAAAGGGAUAUUACAAGUGAAAAUUUGGCAGACAUUAAACAGAAAGUUCAAGAUAAAUAUAGAUACUGCGAUAGUCGGAGAAAAGUGCUUUUAGAACAUGUCCAUGAAGGAUAUGAGAAAGAAUGGUGGGAUUACAAGGAAUAGAGGAUCUUUACUAGUUUCAUUUCUUGGGGUGACACGCAAGUUCUCUUCCUUCCCACCUCGACCCCAGCUGUGAUAAACCAAGAAAGAAUAUUAACAAGAAACAAAAAUAGAGCAUGUCACAAAGUGAUAAACGUGUUAUAUGCACUUUAUAUAUAAUAUGCUCUGUGGCAACACGUAUAUAUCGUCUAUUGAUAAAUAUUGAACUCGAACUAUUAAAAUUUAAUCCGAUCAUCAAUAAGUUGAUUGGAUAAUAUUUUGAUUUGCGCUUGCUGUGUGUUGUACAUCAUUGUAGAUUCUUGAUCCUUGAUACAAAAUGCCCUGUUAUUUUAGGUAAUCCUAAAGAAAAUUAGUUGUAUUCGUUAAGACGAACAAGACGUGCGUCAUAAAUCGCAACGAUGCUUAAUAAUGUGUUGCGAUGUAAAAUGACGAUUAAAAAUCUGCUAUUUUAUUUAACAUAUUUUACCGAUGUUAAUCGUAUUGAAAGCUUUUCAAUCCUAAGGACUCAUUUUCUUCCCGUUAGUUUUAAGGAUAACUGUUUAAAAUAAGUCAAACAUGAUACAAACAAAUCAUCGGAAUUGUUUUAUUCUAUUUUGGACCACGAUACGUCCAGGCUACAACUGCCAAUGUUUAAGAAUACUAAAUUAUCUAUAUACAUGUCGUCAGUGCUAUGUAUUCAUAUUUAAUAGUGUAUAAUAGAACUUUUCUCAUUGGUACUUGCGUAUUGUUUCAAGUAAGCUAGGAACACUUAAAUACAAAAUCUCGCAAUAUUU